GAAACCAAUCGCUGUCCCAGCUUAAACUCCUCAGAAAUGGAUUCUCAACCGUCAUCGAAAGCGCUUCACUAUCGCAUCAACACCAACAUCUCGCAAUUACUCCAACGAUUCGAGAACAUCAUGGCCACAGCAACUACCGAAAGCACCAGCCACACCUCCACCGCCGUCGAGACAUACCAGCUAGACGUGGAAUCCACAGCAUUGGUCCGCGCCGCAGAAGACAUCCUCGCCCUGACCCGUACAAUGAAAGAAACAUGGCUAUUCGGGAAACUCGACACACUAGGCGAAGACGAAGCGGACGUGAAGCGGCGCGAGGAAUUAGAGAUGAAUGCGGAGGCGAUUCAGAAGGGUAUUGAAGAUGGGGGGUUUUUGAAAGCUGCUAAGUGAGAAGCAGCGGCAGCUUUGCUUUGGGUAUAUUGUAUUUUGUUGUGUUGUGUGUGCAUGGCGUAUACCGGGUUGGUUGGUUGGUUAUUGCAUGGAGUUGGUGGGAUGGCG